CUUCUUCAGCGAGCAAGCUGGAGCGAUCGGAAAGGCUGGACUUCUCAGCUCCCAACUUCAUGCGGGAUGUGUAUUACACGCGGGACGCAGAGAAGGUGGCGUGUGAGCGGGAGCGGGCUCGUUUGACAGAGGCCCGAGUUAUUCCUCCUCUUCCCCCCUCCCGCUGCCUCUCCGGGAGGGAGGCGAACAUUUCCUUUUCUUCCUGGAUCACCAGCACAAACUCACUCUUAGUAGCAUCAUCAUCAUCAUCACCACCACCACCACCACCACCAUCAUCCAUAUUUUCGCCACCGUAUCUUCCUUCUCCCUCGCCUAUUUCCACUGGAAGCGGAUUCCGGAGGGGAAAGAUGUACGACUGCAUGGAGGCAUUCGCCGUCGCGCCGCGAAAGCUCUACGAUGUUACUAACCGGAGCGCUUGCAUGCUGCGGAAAUCGAGCAUCAGUCCGUUUUCCUUGGGAUUGGAUCCUUUCGGGUGGCCCCAACCGGCCAGCCUGCAAUCAGUGGAGACCCAGAGUACAAGUUCUGAGGAGAUGGUGCCCAGCUCCCCUUCUCCACCCCCUCCCCCACGAGUGUACAAGCCUUGUUUUGUCUGCAAUGACAAGUCCUCUGGCUACCACUACGGGGUCAGCUCCUGCGAGGGCUGCAAGGGCUUCUUUCGUCGAAGUAUUCAGAAAAACAUGGUCUAUACCUGCCACCGAGACAAGAACUGUCAGAUUAGCAAGGUUACUCGCAAUCGCUGCCAGUAUUGUCGCCUACAGAAGUGCUUUGAGGUUGGCAUGUCCAAAGAAGCUGUGAGAAAUGACCGCAAUAAGAAGAAAAAAGAUGUGAAAGAGGAAGUGGUGGUAGAUAGCUAUGAAAUGACUCCUGAAAUGGAAGAGCUCAUCCAGAAGGUCAGCAAAGCUCAUCAGGAAACCUUCCCAUCUCUUUGCCAGUUGGGCAAAUAUACCACGAAUUCCAGUGCUGAUCACCGAAUACAGCUGGACCUUGGGCUAUGGGACAAAUUCAGCGAACUGGCCACCAAAUGCAUCAUCAAGAUAGUAGAGUUUGCCAAACGCCUACCCGGCUUCACCACCCUGACCAUUGCUGACCAGAUUACUUUGCUGAAGGCAGCAUGCUUGGACAUCCUGAUGCUCCGUAUUUGUGUCCGCUACACUCCAGAACAAGACACCAUGACCUUUUCAGAUGGGCUGACCUUGAACCGCACCCAGAUGCAUAAUGCUGGCUUUGGGCCCCUCACUGACUUGGUUUUUGCCUUUGCCGGGCAAUUGCUUCCCCUCGAAAUGGAUGACACCGAGACAGGCCUGCUCAGCGCGAUCUGCCUCAUCUGUGGAGAUCGAAUGGACCUGGAAGAGCCGGAAAAAGUAGAUAAUCUGCAGGAACCAUUGUUGGAAGCCCUGAAGAUUUAUGCGCGCCGACGUCGGCCCAACAAGCCUCACAUGUUUCCCCGUAUGCUAAUGAAAAUUACUGAUCUGAGAGGGAUCAGUACCAAAGGUGCUGAACGGGCCAUCACCUUGAAGAUGGAGAUCCCUGGUCCCAUGCCACCACUCAUCCGAGAAAUGCUGGAAAACCCUGAAAUGUUUGAAGAUCAGCUGUCACAACCUCCAACUUCGGCAGAAGCCCCGAGCACUGAGGAGAGCCCAGCUGACGCCAAAAGCCAAGAGGAAACCCCUUAGCACCUCAAGAAAGGCAGGAUCUAGGCUGAGAAAGGCUGGGAGAAGAUGGUUUUCCUGGGUCUCAUCUCUGCCUUCCCACGGCCCAUUUCCUCCUGGACGCCAUUUUAGGCUUGCCUUUCCUGCUCUUGGCUCAUCUGCCGGAGUCAGGCAUCAGGACAGCAGCAGUCAAGAUGAGCUAGGAGGCAGCGGCAGCCUGUUCCUCUCUCCUCCUCUGUGUUUGGUGACGUGGGCUGGAUGCCUCUUGCCUUAAUCUUUUUCUUUGGGGCCUUGGAUGUCUCUUCAGAAGCCUUUUCUCCCAACCCCAGAGCUUUGCCAAAGCCCCCAGGUUGCCUACCCAGCUGACUCAAGCAGCUUCAAGCCAAAUGUUCAGAACCUGGGAAGCCCCAAAGGGGCUACAACUUGGAGAUUUCCCCCUUUUCAAAACGGGGUGAGCUCCGCACGUGCAAUUUCCCCCCCCCCAUAAACUCAGAGCCUCUGAGAGAAAAGGGGGCACCCCAAGAGCCGACAGGGACUCUGUCAGGAGUGGUUUCUUGGUUCAACUCAGUCUAAAAUCCACUUCGUCCUUCUGCCUUGCGAGCCAGGAACCCCUGGCACAUGGGAUGCUAUUUAUUCAAGAAUCUGAAGACCAACGGAGGAACGUAACAGCCCUUCCUCUCCCCAUUGCACACAAGAGACCUUGGACCAAUGAUGUUGGGGAAUGGAGAAGACAAAGGCAGGACUAUGUACGCAUCCCUCUACGUGUCACCUUUAGGGUGUGCUUGUAUUAACAAUCCAUCUCUGAUGGAUUCCGGCAAGCUAUGUGAAUUCCUGGGGGUGGUGGGGUGGGGGCUCCUUUUGAUUAGCUUUAUAAAAUGCUAUUGUGUUAUUAUCGCAGGGCAGAGAGAGGAUCUCAUCGUGGUCCUUCCCGCUGUCUCCCCAUCCCAAGGCGUAGAGGUAUAGCAGGGUCGGGGGUUGUAUCUGUUGCUUGGGAUGCUUAUGACCCCAGUGCUAAGAAUUCUGGGAAAUGGACCCCAAAGGACACUAGAUAACCAAAGAUAUCGCGCUGAUAAGGGGCAGUGGGAGUGGCGGUGCAGAGUUACAGAUUUGACCCUGUUUGCUGUCUCUCCGUGCCCCCCCCUUCCCCACUUCUGCCCCUGUCAAGGAGAAGUCAGUCGGUCUCUAGGAUGAUGAAAGCAAGCCGGGUGGGUGGUCACGGCUUGCCUUAACUUGCCUUUCUGCAGCACUUUGAUGGAGCAAGAAAGACCACUUCUGCUCCAGGAAGCUUGAUUUCCCUCCCAAAGGCUGAGAGGAGGAGCCAUUUUUGCUCCUCUCUCACAACUCCAGGGACGAAGCUUUCUUCCUUAUCGCUAGAGGGCAGACGUCUCCUCCGCAAAGCCUCUCCUGCCGCCUUCAGCAAUAGGAAUAAAAAACCCGAACACUACAAAGCUUGGGCGGGCGGGGAGGAGUUGUUCUAUCAAGUUUUGGCCCUCAGCUUAGUCCUUCGCUCUUAUCAGCUACUCUUCUGUCUCGGCCUCCCUUUCUUCUCUUCCUCUGGGAAGCCUUCAUCAGAGGGGGUGGGUAGAGAAAAGGAGAGGGGGGGGGCGAGCUUUGCCUCUGGGAGAGGCUGCAGGGCGGAUUAAACUCCGCAGCCUUCUUUCGCUCCCUCCGCAGCUCAAGAUGCUGCUUUCUUUCCCUCUCCGGCCAUGAGCAGGGCAGCCCCACCCCCCCGGGAGGUUUUAUUUAUUGACUUAUGUUUUCACCAGGGAAUGGGCAGUAAAGUGAGUGAGAGCUUGGCCCUUCCCCCUGCAAGAGCAAGUGUUGACAGAUUGCAGCGCACCAAGGAACAGAGCCGCCCGCUGAACGGUCUUGGGUUUCUCCCCCACCCCUCCUAAAAUAAGCUGUCAAAAUAAAUACCCCGGGGCCUUAAAAUGGGGGUCUGUUUGUGGUGGGGGUGGGAUAAAAAAGUUUUUUUUUUUAAAAAAAAAAGGGGGGUGAGGCCCUUCUUGGAUGUUUACAUAACCAGCUUUCCAUGGUAUUUUACAGGAUUCUUCCCCUGCCCCUACACUCCCAGCUGUGCCGCAGAAGGGGAUGGGGUGGGGCACUUUUCUAUUUUUACAAAAUAAAGUGAUGGAAAGUCAAA